AUGAACGUGUAUCGCCAGCCUUCCUACGACGCCGCGUUGGACAUUCUGUUGCGGUGGUCUCCACCUGAGAGAUGUCUGGUGGCAGGCGACUUCAACGCGAAACACUACUCCUGGCAGACUGGGAGGCUGGCGGGCCGCGGGGACGACAUCGCCGCUUGGGCGGCCGAGAGCGGUCUUGGCCUCUUGAAUACCGCUGAUGUACCCACAAACCCCCAUGGCAACACAAUCGACCUCGCGUUUUCCAACAUCGACCUGGCCUCCGCAGUAGUUGAGGAUCACCUCGCCACGAGCUCCGACCAUUUCACUUUAAGUCUUUACAAUCCCAAAUGUCACCCUGGCGCCUACCGGAACGCCAGGCAAGCGGGACGACCUGUACGGAAGGGAACGCGAAGCGCCCCUUGGUGGACCGACGAAUGUGCUGAGUCCGCAGCAGAGUACCGCGCCGUACGAAGGAUCUUCCCUAUGGGCUUCAACGAGGAGGUGCAAGCAGCAAGAAAAGCGUUCCAGAAUGUGCUUCUCGGACAGUGCAGCGGUGUACAAAGCAGUUCACUGGCUCAAGUCACCCAACCGCCGCCGCUCCAAAUUGACGGCGUAGUGUACGAAACACAAAUGGAUAAAGCGAACGCUCUGAGACGGAGUACGCUGGAACGCCGCACGGCAGCAGACGACAUCGACGACCCGUGGAUCCAGUUUGUCCGCCGCGUCAAAUACCAUUUGCUGCUGGGAUCACUCUCGCGGAGGCAGAAGAUGCUAUCACCAAGACUGGCAACACCUCGCCAGGGGCAGACAACAUCACCAUCAAGACGCUGCGAACAGUUUAGGACAUCAUUGGAGAACACGUCCGCCGGCUCUACGAAGGUUGCUUGGUGGUCGGGCAUCACCCACAAGCAUUCUCAAGCCGGUGCGUUGCCGAAGCGAUGGGCUGUCGACCUGGUCGCUGCGCUGGUCCACGACAUUGAGGAAGCAUUUGCACAUAAGCAAGUAGUCACACUGGUGACCGCGGACAUCCAAGGAGCGUUUGACUCGGCACUGUACAACAGACUCGUACUACGGCUCCGUGAGCAGGGUUGGCCAGACAAUGUGGCACGCAGUGCGGCCUUCCACAGGGCUCUACGAGAGCUUGCAAAAAACGGCAAGAAAAGCAACGGAAUGUCCGGAGGAGCUAGUUGCGUGGGGUGCUGCCAACGGCAUCACCUUCGACCCCGACAAGACAGAGGUCAAGCAUUUCUCUCCCAAGUCUCACAGAACACCCCAGCCGUGCGACAUGGCGGCACGAAGUACCCGGAAAAAGCGAUGCGGUGGCUGGGCCUCUGGCUAGACGAAAAGCUGACGUUCAAGACCCAGGUUGAGAAAUGGACAGCGAAAGCCCAAGCUGUUGCAUACCACCUCCGAAGCCUAGGGAAUACUCGGCGUGGCCCCUUGCCGAGCGCAACACAGAGAGCUGUGAGAGCUUGCGUGGUAUCCAGGCAUGACAUGCCCGCGUUGGCGACAGCGGACAAGCCCAGAUCCUCCAGGGUCAAAUACCUACUGAACAGAAUGAAUAAAGUCCUGAAACAAGCCAUCCGAGCCAUUCUGCCGACUUGGAGAACGACGCCAGUCGAUAUCCUGCACCGAGAAAGCGGCAUACCGCCGGUUGCCCGGCUUCUUGAAGCGAGACAAAUCAGAUUCUUGGCACGCAUAAAGUCUCUGGACCCUGCACACCCUUUAGUCAAGCGCACCAUCGAGGCAGAGCCACUGCCCAUCGUCAAGGGCAUCAAGUUGAAGUACCAGCUACCUGAAAAGCCGUUCCCAACGAGACUAAGGAGGACGAACAACCUGCUACCACGAUGCCAGCGCCCAGUCCUUCUUCCACGCAAGUAUGUCAAUGAGCCAUUGCCGCCUCUUCAAACCGCAGCAAAGGAAGAGGCCGCGGAGGAGUUUAACGCAUGGCUUGAAUCUGUCUCGCCCCUCACCGUCAUUGUGUAUUCAGACGGCUCUCUUUCCGAGAAAGGUGCCGCUGGAUAUGGCUUCACUAUUUACCAGAACGGACGUUCCUUACACCAGGGCGCGGGACGCCUUGGCCCCGCUGAGGUGUUCGACGCCGAGGCCAGAAGAGCACUGGAAGGGCUGGAAGCUGCACUCAGACUGCCGCAAUCCGCCUCGCAAAAGAUAGUCGUGUGCCUUGACAACAUCGCAGCCGCCAGAUGCCUCCGAGGACAACCUUCUGACUCAUCGCAGAAGGCCUUUCUCGCCUUCCAAGCCCCCUGCAAAGAGACACAGACCGACAGACAUCCGCUGGAUACCCGGGCACAGCAAUAUUACAGGGAACGAGCAAGCUGA